AUGUUUGUAAAUUGACUGACAGUACUCAAAAUUUCCUAUGACAGAGUCAGAGCUAUUCACGAACUUGGAAGCGCAAAAGAGAUAAAAGAUUGCUGACAGUACUGUCAGUCAAUUUUCGAACACGGCCUUAGCGUGGAACUAACCACAGGCCUUGACCAAUCAGAAUCGAGCGCAAGUAUAUUUGAAUCACAGCGUUCGAUUGCAACGAACGUUUCUCGCAUUUCUUAACGGCUAUCAUUUUGUGGCUAAAAUGAUUUCCGGAGUUAGUUUUGUGCUGGAAUGCAUGAUUUUUGCAAGUUGAAUACCCUCGAUAAAAUUUCCUACGAAUCUCUCGGCUAAUCAGAAUGAUCUUGGAAAUGAUACUUCUAUUUUAUGUCACCUCACGAAGCAUCGCGUACAAUGCUGGCCUGGCGUUGAAAGAGAUUGGCGAAAAAGAAUAUCUCCUAAUAAAAGCUAAAUCAACUUUGCCACAACAUGGUAAAUGCUGGCACGAUGCGCUUAAAGACAUUAAAGCUAGCUGCGACAAUUUAAAUGACAGAGAACAUUCUCUGCUUGCAUUGCGAUUGACUAAUUGUUUUCUCGAAGACUCCGGCCAUAUCACUUAUGACUGCUUUCUCAACGAUGAAGAGGCUGGACGACGAAAAUGCAUACACGAUAUGUCUGACCGUGCUUUUGGUGCUUACAACGCAUUCUUUACCCAGACGACAAACAUUUGUUACUUUUUGAAUCAAGAGGUGUGGCAAUCUGAAACUGACCAAACCAUAAAGCAGUUGUAUCGUGCCUCGUCUCGCAUGAAUCAACAACUACUUGAAGCUUCAGCUAUGCAAAGCGCCAUGCUGGAGAGUCAAAGAGAAGGACUGAUGCUGCAAAAUGAACUUCUGCAUCACGGACAACAAUUAGGCACAGUUAUAAAGUCAUCGGCUGAAACUGUUACCAACAUGGUAUCGGAUUUCAAAGAAAAUGCAAGCGAACAGAGAGAACUCCUGCAUCAAAUAUUCUCUCACGUACAUGUUUUUCAAAAUUGGAUUGUCGGCGAAGUUUCGUGGUUUCAGUCUAUAAUAUUUUACACGGUUGGCUGUAUAUUAUGCGGGUUAUUUACAUCUUCGAAAAGAACAGCCGAUGCCAGGAUUACCGUGUUUGUUGCACUGAGCUUGAAUGUAGUUGUGGAACGAAUGUUAGUACAAUAUUACAACAAAGGGAAUUCGGAUGAUGCCAAGAUUGAACUCUCCCACAUUACUUGGAUAUUUCGCAAGAUUGUUUUAACAUUUUGUACAGUCACUUUGAUUUUUACUUCCUUUCUGUACAGAGACGAACAAUUGGAAAAUUCCAAAACUCUCAAACGAAUCGAAUAUCAGUUGAAAUCUUUGCAUGAUUUGAAAAAACCUGUUCGCUUUUCAAGAAGACUGGCGAUACGACGACAGCAAGAGUCACGAGAAUUGGAAGAACUGAAGUUGGACAGCUUAAGGAGCAGCAGGCGUCUCAAAGAUGCCUGAAUUAUCGGCACGAGCAUAUCAAUGAUUCAUUAAUGAAUUUACAAUUCAGAUUUCUACAUAAUUUCAAAUCAACACGGCUACCUCUUCAAGUCGCGACAUGUUUUAUGUUGUAGACGAACAACUGGAGACAGGAAUAUCUAAUUUAAUGUUCCUUGCUUUUAUUGUAUGUUAUAUCACACACACAGCCUUAUAAUUGUGCCUGACAUGAAAUUGUACAUUUAUGUAAAAAUACUAAAAGGGCGGAAUCUGAGAUUUGUAGAAAGUUGGCAAGACUCGGUUUUGAAAAUCGAAAAUAAUAAGAAUAUAAUUUAUAUUACAUUAUAUACAUUUCGAAUUGGUACUGUUUAUAUAUUUUCUAAAUAUUUAAAUGCACCAAAAAAUAAAUCGUGAAAACUUAUACAUGCCGCAAUAGUGACGUAGGUAGGUAUUUCAAACGAGUGAGUUUCAACACAUGCGUUUAACUUUUCGCAUACCGUUUCAAUUUCACCUCACAUUACUCUUUCAUUCGUAUCUUAAAAAUAAGAUUUUUCUAUAAUAAGUAAACAAAUAAAUAUAUAAAUAAUUUAUAAAUUAUUGCAAUAAAUAUUAUUGAACUAAUUCGGGAUACCAGAUAGAAACUCAAUUUCUAGAUGAAGUUUUUGGCUAGAGAAACUGAGGUUAAUCACACUUACACGUUAUUAAUCUACACUCUGGGCGGUUUUUCGUAGAUUUUCGGAGUCUGAUCAUUUGUCUUCUGAGGUUGUUUGGUACUACAUUUUCUAAGAACCUAUAAUUUUGUAAAAAAUCAUUUUUAAUCGGAUGGAUCAUAAUGCUUACUACAUACAUCAUUAAAUUGAUAUAAAAUAUUUCGAUUCAGACUCACCUUCGAGUUCUUUUGGAGAACUUAUAGUUUACCACAAGUUUGUUCAAUUCGCAAGCGAAUCGUUCCGAACAAUCGCGACCUUCGAUCGCAUCCCAAGCAACUUUACUAAGUUGAAAAUAUUCAUUCGAAGAAUUCCUUGAGGCGAAAUUUUCGAUUUUUGGUAAAAACAGCACAGAUGCCAUGAAUAUCAACGCCAUUCCUAUGAAUCCACUGAUGGCCAUGAACAGUGGAUUUGCGACUUGUUUUUCCGACGAUGCUGCAGUUAAGUCUGCAUGUUGCGGUUUAAUAUUGUGUUGCUAAAAAUUACUUUAUUAUUUAUACUGUAAAUCAGCAUGUAUAGAUUCAAAGCACAUUACGCACAUAGAUAAAACUAGUCAAUAUUAUAACUCACAAUUGUAUUGUACGCAUGAUUGACUUGUAGCUCAUUCAUAAAACUUUUCAGUGGAUAAAAAUAGUAGUAAUAUCCAGGUGGGCCAGAAUUUAGCCUAAGUUGAUUUCCAAUAAUCUGAGGCACCUGCCCAUGAGGAAAUGAAUUUUUUACCAAUGAUAAACUCAGUGGAGAACCCUGCUGUAAUGCCUUACUGUAGAGUAUUGCGAGAUCUUUGCGUGUCAAGCCAAGCGGGGCGGGUUCUUUGACAAUUUGAACGGGUUUCAAAAUUGUUUGAGGAGCCGGAACCUGAGUGAGAUAAAAAAAUAAGCAGGUAGAAAAUUGUUUGUGAUCGUAAAAAAAAAAAAAAAUUAAUAGAUAUAGCGAUAAAUAAGAUGGUGAAUUACU